AUGACAGAGGGCUUUGCUCUCUGCAUAUACCCUUAUUUACUUUGUCAUUCGUAUGACUAUUUACACUACACAGAAACAGAUACAUAUAUUCUUCGUAAAAUGAAAAUCUCCAUGUGCUUAAUGUUUCCGUUUUGGAUCACACAACUCUCCUUACUAGGAAAUAUUGCAUAUAUUACAAUUGUCCACGAGUGUGGAGAAGAAAAGAAGAAAAUCGGAUAUUAUGGAUUUGUCAACGAUGAGGCGUCAACAGAAUAUGAUGUAUUGACGCUGAGUAAAAAAGAAAAAGCAUGUGAAUCUAAACAGCCAGAAUUAAAUGUACUGAUGAUUUGA